AACAACAUAUGUUAACGGGCUUUAAUUUUCUAAACGCCUUCAGUAAGGGUGAAGAUGUUAGUGAAAACGGCUAUACUCCUAAUAGCUUUAGCCAUUAAUUUGGCUUCAGCGGUAUUCAUAAAGCCAGACUUUAUUGAAAAUGUAAAUAAAAAAAGCGAUGACUCCCGUAUCGUAUCGGGAUGGGAGGCUCGUCCGGGGCAGCAUCCUCACCACGCCUCUCUCCGCAUGGUGUUCCGGCUGGGCAUCGUGAACGCAUGCGGCGCCUCCAUCGUGCACCGCAACUGGCUCAUCACGGCUGCUCAUUGCACUGCUGGUGCUGUGACCUUGGUAGUCCGCGCUGGUGUCACUAAUCUGACACGUCCCGAAUACAUAUCGGAGACUACUGAGUGGUACAAUCAUCCAUCUUACAACGACUUGCUGCCGACACAAGUGCAGCCCAAUGACAUCAGUAUUGCCCGUCUGCCUAACCCUGUCACGUAUUCAGCAAACUUGAAAGCUAUUCGUAUCCAGCCCGCUGCUGAUGCGUACAGAAACUACGAAGGCGAGGUACUUUACGCCAGCGGACACGGCAGGACUUGGACUGAAGGAAACAGUCCUGAAGUAUUGAACUGGGUUUAUCUUCGCGGUGUUUCGAACCCAUCCUGUGCGUCAACAUUCGGAGCUAUCAUAACCUCCACCACGAUCUGCGCGCGCUUCUUCAACGUCACUUCUCAGUCUAUCUGUCAGGGCGACAGCGGCGGGCCGCUGGUGCACCGCGGGUCAGAUGACGUGCCCACUCUCAUUGGUGUCAGCUCAUUCGUAGCUCAAGUGCCUUGGGGAUGCCAUUCUGGACUUCCUGGAGGUUUCGCGAGACCCGGACCAUUCCACAGCUGGUUCACAGAAGUUACUCAAAUUGACUUUGAUAAUCUCAUUGAGGAAGAUCCUCCAACAACUACAACUACCACCACAACAACCACGACAACUACACAAGCACCUACAAUUACCACAACUACAGCAGCACCUACAACCACUACAUCUGCCCCGACAACAACUAAUACAACUAUUGCUCCGACAACCACAAGCUUACCACCAAACACAACAACCACGACAACUCCCACAGUGACCACACCAAGCCCACCAUCAAACACAACCACUAGUGCCCCCACCACAACACCAUCAACUACCGAGGAACCUGAGGAAGAGGAUUCAGAUUCCGAAUCCGAAGAAGACCCGGAACUUGCAGAGCUGGCUAAGAAGUUAGAGGUCAAGGUCAAAGUGAAGGUCAAGCUGCAAAAGAACCAGAAGAAACACAAACACCAGCACGAACAUGAACAUAAAAUCAGAUUUUAAUUUCUCUUCCAGAAUAUAAAUUAUUCUGUUUUCUAUUUAACGUAUUUAUUAUAACCGUGGAUUUCCACUCCACAAAAACAUGAUUUUGUUUCAUUCGUGAGGUUUUAGAAGUAAUAUUAUAUGCUAUUUAUUA